CAAAAAAACAAUAAACCCAGCUGUCACUUUUUGUGAUUCACAAUCACACAUUUCACAACCAAAAAAUAAAGAAUGCGUCAAGACAAAAAAAAGAGAGUUGUAAGAUUUUCAGCACUGAUUCUCCCUUUGUUCUUUUCUCACCCACUUGCAUUGCUGGAACCAACUUCUACUACUACAUACAAAUACACCAUACACACUCCCAUAGUGAGCUUUCCUCACUCUUUCAAGAACCAAAAAGAGUCCUUUCAAUUCUACUUGCUAAGCCAUUUUGGUUAGAGAUGGAUUAUGGCAGUGGCUGUGAAUCUGGAUGGACUAUGUAUUUGGAGAAUUCUCUCAUUCCUCCAUGCACUACAUAUUCUCAUGGUAAUGAGUUCUUACAUAAAAGUAUGAUAAAUAAACAAGAAGAAGAGGAGGAGGAUUUGUCUAUGAUUUCAGAUGCAUCUUCUGGACCUCCACAAGUAUUUGGAGAAGAGGAGUUUGGUUUGUGUUAUGACAACUAUCCUAUUGAUGCUGCAUUAUUGUUGCCUGCUAAGGUCGAUGCCAAAAGCCAUAAGAAGAAACCAAACAGGCGUGAGAAGCUAAAGGAAAAGGCUUCUUCUGCUCUUGAUGAUACAGCCAGUUCUCCCAUCUUCACCUCCACUCAUAAUAACUUCAGCCAGAACAACAAUCACAGUUCAGGAGAGAAUGUUGUAGUACCAGGUUUUUCACAUGGCUAUUCAACUACUCAAUUUCAUGGGCAAUCUACACAUCACCAGGAGCACUCUGAGCUCUUUCAAUUGCAACCAAACCAGUGGUUUGAAAGGAGAUGGGGAUAUUAGGACAUCAUUUUUUGCUGUUGAUGUUGGCAGCAGCUUAGUUUAAUGUUUAGUUCUGGAAAAAUAACAGAGAAAUGUUGCUCUUGAAUUCUAUUCUUUUCUUGAUCUUUUAGCUAUCAAUGCACUGGGAAACAACCCAAGCCUAAAAGGAAAAAAGAUCCCAUCUUGUUACUUAGAAUUGCAAUUGCUUCAUUUAACUAGUUAACUAUCAU